GUAGAAUGUGCAUAAACGACCGAGCGUGUUACUAAUUCUGCCCGGAAAACGGCAUAUAAUGGCCUAAAGCUGCCCGGUUCCGGGGUACAGUAAACAUUCGUAGCAGUUCGUUAGUUGGUGCUUUGUGCCAGUAGUUGCGAAGGGCGUGAGGGAACGAGACGUAUAGAUACAACAUUAUGCCACAUUCGGACACGCAACAGAACUGAUCAAAGCGCUCGGCUGAGAGACUUGCGCAACUCGCCAGAAGACGUUAAUACGCACCUUACGGAAACGAUCUCAAAGGUUCAAACUAUUGCACUCGUAGUACGGAUGUGAAGCGCAACGAAAUCACGGUACUAUUAGCUGAAAACUAAAGAAACGGGAGCAUUAAAGUUGAAUCCCUUGACCUUAUAUUCGCUUGCAACGUACCAGGGUCUAGAGACACGCCACUGUGUCUAGUGGGCCCCGUUUCGGUGGAACCAAUGUGGUUUCGAUUCGACCGCAUGGUGUGAUCCUGCUGCAGCGUAACCGGUUCCGCGCAUUACGGUGUUAAAUAGCUCCGAUUGGACUGUCCAAACCGACCGCACCAACACCAGGCCAGUGCCGGUCUGGUGUGCUUUGACCACCAAGCUGGAUCUACUGUGUUGGCUAAUUUGCUUGGUGGGCGCGCUGGCGCUCGUGCCGAUCGACGCGGUAGCACUGCAACACCAGCACGAUGCAUCCGACGAAACCGACCACGGUGGGCCACCGGUCGAACAGGAGAGUGGCAAAACGGUAAUUACCAACAACGGUCACACCGGUGGUGGGCACCAUCAUCACCGGCAACAACCAGAAACGGUCGGUGAAGCGCACGGGGAAAAGGAACAAACGGAUGUGCCGUACGCAUCUCAAAGCAUCGGAAGGAAUUACGAGCGUCCAAAUGGUGGCGGUCCAAAUGGGCAUGGUGCAUCCGGUCGCAACGUUAGCAGCAAUGGUAAUACACCGGGUAGCGGAAUCAGUAACGGCGAAUCCACUUCGUAUCGUACGCCGAAAAAAGCACCACAGGAAGGAAAUGGUGUGCAUCACGACAAUGAGCACACGAUCCGGAUGCUGAUCGACUGGAAUUUUCCGAAGUGCUUUAGCUUCGAGCCGAAGGAGCAUCUGUACUACCAUAUCGGGCAUGCUCUGUUUCUGGUGGCCUUUCUUGCGCCGAAUAUUCCGUGCGGGUUCCUGUGGUUGCGCUGUGCGGCCAUCGCCGGCUGCAUACUGAUGGUGCUGUGGGGCUGGUUCGUCGCCUGCAGCCUGGACGCGGUGGUGUGGUUCAGCCUGUUCCUGCUGGUGAAUGCCGUUUACGUGGUGGUGCUACUCUGCAAGCUGCGUCCGGUUAAGUUCGAGAAGGAGAUUGAAUCGGUGUACGUUGCCUUGUUUAAGCCGUUGCGCGUGUCGCGCCACCAGUUCAAGAAGGUGCUGAACUGCAUGAAGAUAGUACGGCCGCUCAAGUACCAGGAAAUCUACGUGCAGGAGAAAAUAACCAAAGUCGACAGUUUAUCCCUUGUGCUGUCGGGAAAAUUAGUAGUUUCACAGAAUCAAAAAGCGCUUCAUAUAGUAUUUCCUCAUCAGUUUCUCGAUUCACCCGAAUGGUUCGGUGUCUCUACCGAUGACUAUUUUCAGGUGUCGAUCAUGGCGAUGGAGGAGUCGCGCGUACUCAUCUGGCACCGGGAUAAGCUGAAGCUAUCCAUCAUGGCCGAACCGUUCCUGCAGGCAGUGUUUGAUCACAUUCUCGGACGGGACGUGGUGAAAAAGCUGAUGCAGGUGACGCAGGUCAGCGAAACGAUGGCGCAAAGCAACGGUUGCAUUGCAUCAGGUUAUGGCGAUGAUUCGGAAGAUAAACCAAUGCUGGUGAUGAAGAGCAAACCUUCCGAUAAUGGUGGGCAUGGCCUAACGGCCUUGAUCAAUCGUCAGCUGCAAGCUCUCCCACGGAUCUCGAAGUAUUAUUACUGUGUAGCAACUGAUCAUAACGCCUGGCGGCUGGGCCGAAUCGACGAAACCGACCAUGAGACGGCCGUAUAGGAGUCGGACCAUCUCAUCACAACUAUCACCAUCCGCCCGGUACCAUACGUGGAUGAGACCGGCGGUACUGCUGGCAGCAGAACAACAACACUUUCAACACAACCAAUUUUGUGAUACUAUAAAUGUUAUUAUCUGUAAGACGUCGUGGCCAUGUUCAAAAGAAAAUAGAAAAAACAAGAGAUUAAGAUAGAGAGAGAGAGAGAGAGAGAGAGAGAGAGAGA